UCGCCUUCAUCCGGGCCUUUGGCUAUCUGUCUAUUAAUCUGUGCUUCGGUCCGGUUUGUAAGCACAAGCACAUUGCUUGUGAAAUUAAUUUCCUACAAUUUUAUAUUUGAUUGAUUUUUUAUGCAACACAUACGAUUUAUUCCAUCUAGUUGAGACAUGUGAAAUAAAUAAUAUUUAAUAUUUAGAUUUCAACAAAGUCUUUCAUAUAAUUUUAAUUAAUGUGUUAUACGAUAAAUUUUCUAACCAUUAAAUAUACGGAAUUCAGUUAUGUGACGUGAUACACAAUAAACAUAAUAAACGAUAUAUAUUUUUAUCUAAAUCUAAAUUAUUAAAAAUGUAUCCUAUGGAUUUGACAAAGACGAUUCCAUCGGAUAGUGAAAAUAAAAAUGUGUUCCUGAAUGACGCCGAGUUAGACAAAAUCGCUCUAUUUCUUGUUGGGAAUCAACAACGUUUUAGAGAAAAUAUCAUAAUUCCCAGAAUGCUGGGACCUGUACAAAUAAAAACGAUUGAAGAGAAAAGGAUAGAAAGUGUAAUGGAAAGUUGUGCAUUUAAAAGCACCAUGAGUUGUGUCAUUGGCUAUGGCUUAGGAGCAGCUAUUGGACUAUUCUCUUCUAGUGUAAAUCCUAAUGUAGCGAGUGUUGAAAAGCAACAAAGCGCACGAGAAAUAUUAAAAGAGAUGAAAAGUACAACACUUAGUUAUGCAAAAAACUUUGCAGUUGUUGGAUGCAUAUUUUCUGCCAUUGAAUGCACGAUAGAAUCGUAUAGAGGUAAAACUGAUUGGAAAAAUGGUACAUAUGCAGGUGGCUUAACAGGUGGACUAAUUGGCUUAAGGGCUGGUAUAAAAGCAGGUAUAGUUGGUGCUGCAGGUUUUGCAGCAUUCUCAACAGCGAUAGACUAUUACAUGCAUAGAUCUUAAAUUACACAAUUUAAAUUGGUUAGAAUAUAUAUAUAUAUAUUUGUAUAAAAGAUAUAAAAAUUUGUGUGUGGGUAGUUAUGUAUCUGUACAAAAUUUGUAAAAACACGGAAAUGUUUCAAAUGUAAAAAUGGUCAUAAAACUAGUAUUAUGUGACUGAAGGAUUGCAGGUGUAAAAUAUAUUGUUUUUAAUAUUAA